AUGGCGGCGGCGGCGGCGGCGCGGGCCCGCGAGGGGGGCGCAGGCCGGGCCGGGCGGCGGGACGGGGCGGCGCGGGGGCCCGAGGCGGCGACGGUGGCGGCGCGCGCGGGACUCGUGGAACCCGGGCCUGCGGUCGGGGCCGGCUGCGCGCUCCCCACCGCCGCUCCCCGCGCGGCCGCCGCCCGUCCCCGCCCAGAGGGCGGGGGCCGCGCGGGCUCGGCCCGGGCGAGGUUGGAUAGGCCGGGCAGGGGGCGGCGGCGACCCCGAGCCCGGGGAGCAGAGGAGGGUCCGGGAAGCACUGGGGGCACCGGGCGACGCGGCGGCCUCGCGCCUGCGCACUGGCCCGCGCCGGGUGGCCGGGGCUGCGCUCGCGGGCCCGGGAGGUUGGUGGGGGUGGGGAGGCUGGUCGGCCGUAUUCUCCAGACAACCGCCGCCGCGAAGCGCGGACCCCAGCCCUUCUGUCGCCGGUGGCUGAGGAGUACUUCUGGCAGGAAGGGAAGUUCCAGAGGCCUCCUCGUUCAACCAUCAUGGUCCUUAUUCCAGGUGUCGGAGAGCUCAUUUGCCAGAGGAAGUGCUGCCAGGCUGGUCUCGACCCAGGCCGGCCUCAAAUUCCUGGCUUCAAGUGAUUUCCUGCUGUGGCCUCCCAAAGUGCUGGAUGAUAGGGUUGUAGGACAAGGCUGCCGAUGUUAUCUGAUGUCCAAGAGCAAAUUUUCCAAGUCAGUCUGUGCCACUCCUGGUCCCAAAUCAGAGUUUACUGCCAAAAUGCUGACGACAGAGCAAUCCAAUUGA